UUGUGCAGCUGUCUUGCACCACUGUCUUGUAGUUAUUUCAAAUUUGAAUAUUAUUUGUAUAUUUUUUAUUGAUUUUUUUAGUGAAUAGGUAUAUUGACAUAAUUAUUAUAUAUAAAUAAUUUAUAUUAAUCCGUGGAACUAAAUAGCAAAUAUAAGCAAGUACCUAGUUGAAAUAUGGAUUACGAUUAUUAUAUGCAUGCAUUGAAAGUGAUCGCAGUGGCAGAAUCAUUUGGCUAUCUGAACCCACCAAGAUCAGAAAGAUCAUUUUGGAUUCAUCCAUUUAAUGCAGUACGGGAAACUAAUAAUCGUUUUUUUUUCUUUUUAUGGAGAAAUUCGAAAGUAUCCGAGCAAAUUUUCUGAAUAUUAUCGAAUGUCAAUUUCUUCAUUUGACGAACUAUUAGAAAAGCUACGUCCCCACAUAAGCAAGAAAAUCACCAAGUUCCGACGUCCGGUGUGUCCAGAAGAAAGAUUGACUAUUACAAUCAGAUAUCUGUCAGUUGGAACAAAUUUUGUGGCGUUACAAUAUGAAUUUUUGUUGGGACGAAGCACAAUAGGAAAUAUUGUUCGAGAAACCUGUCAGGUCUUAUGGAACACUCUACAGCCUGAAGAAAUGCCAGAACCUAAUCCAGACCAAUGGACAGAAAUAGCCAAUAAAUUUUAUUUAAAAACCAACUUUCCAAAUUGUGUAGGGGCAGUCGAUGGCAAACAUAUUCGUUGUAUUAAACCCAUUAAUUCCGGAUCAAUGUUCUACAAUUAUAAAAAGUAUUUUUCCAUUGUAUUAAUGGCUGUAGUGGACGCAGAGUAUAGUUUUAUUUCAAUCGAUGUCGGUGCAUAUGGUAAGGAGGGUGAUUCUACAAUUUUCAAAAAUUGUCCAUUCGGAAAAAAACUAUAUUCUGAACUAUUGAAUCUACCAGCACCUGUUGUUCUCCCAAAUACAGACAAUUUUCCUCAGCCUUUCGUGGUAAUUGGUGAUGAAGCUUUCGGACUACACAAAAAUCUUUUAAGACCAUACCCUGGACGAGGUCUCACACAAAAAAGAAAAAUUUUUAACUAUCGUCUAUCAAGAGCUCGAAGGUACGUAGAAUGCGCUUUUGGAAUACUCGCAAAUAAAUGGCGUGUUCUACAUAGUGCUAUUCUAGUUGAACCCGAUUUUGCAGACGACGUUAUAAAAGCAUGCUGUAUUUUACAUAAUUAUGUUAGACGAAGGGAUGGUUAUAAUUUCGAAGACACCCUCUCAAACUCUUUGGAAGACAUUCAAAAUGAAAAUAAUUCUGGAGCUCGUCAACAAGGAUUAGAUGUUCGAGAAUAUUUUGCUGAAUAUUUUAUGGAUGCAGGAGCAGUUCCGUUUCAAUAUCAAUUUGUUUGA